CGGCAGUCGCCUUCCCCCUCAGUACGCGAUCGGCACAGCGACUCUGUCAAGUUGGACCUUAGCAAGCUUCCAGAGGGAUAUCGGAUGGAUGUUGAUGACCUUGAAGAUCGCUUUAAUGCUUUCCCCGACGGCGGUCUUGAAAUUCUGCUCAGAUGUUACGACGUUCCGGCAAUCCCGCAACUAGUAGCAUAUCAUCCACCCAGUGAUCAGCUCUUGGCUGGUGUUGCUUUCGAGUCAUUCGACAUGUUAUACGGUGUUCAGGAGGGCGAGGCAAUCGAUGACUGGACGGUCAAUUCGUAUACUCUGUUUCAUGGUGACUCUCUCCGUCUCCCCGACCUCUCAAUCAAUUCACAUUGCUGUGAUGUGAACAUCGAUCGCCUCUAUUCGGAUAUGACCCUUGCCCUGGAGCGUGACAAGCUUCGGAACAUCAACCCACCGACCUGGCGCUCUGCCUUGUCGAGAUUCUAUCCCACCCACCUUUGAAACUCUGGGCACUCCGAGUGUUUAUCAAAUGUCAAAGUCCAUUACAACUUGUUCUUCCUCGAGCGCGACGACG